UCCUAUAUCUUAAAUAUGUCAAACCUUACAAAUCUUGAAUUUGUGGGACUUGAUAUAUCUGGAAAAAAUUACCUGUCAUGGGUAUUGGAUGCUGAGAUACAUUUGAAUGCAAAGGGCAUCGGUGAUACUAUCAAAGAAAAUAAUAAUGCCUCGAUGCAAGAUCGGGCUAAGGCAAUGAUUUUCAUUCGCCAUCAUCUUGACCAUGGGUUAAAAGAUGAAUAUCUCACCGUGAAAGAACCCUUUGAACUCUGGAAAAUGUUGAAAGAAAGAUAUGAUCACCAGAGGACAGUAAUUCUCCCGAAAGCCCGUUAUGACUGGCUUCAUUUGCGAUUGCAAGAUUUCAAAACUGUGAGCGAAUAUAAUUCUGCUAUGUUUAAAAUAAGCUCUCAGUUGUUAUUAUGUGGAGAAAAAAUUACUGAUGAGGAUAUGCUUGAGAAAACUUUCUCUACUUUUCAUGCAUCCAAUCUUGUGCUUCAACAGCAAUAUAGAGAAAAAGGUUUUACCAAAUAUUCUCAAUUGAUUUCUUGCGUUCUUGUGGCUGAACAAAAUAAUGAGCUACUGAUGAAAAACCACGAGGCACGCCCUACUGGUUCAAUCCCAUUCCCUGAGGCGAAUGGUGUGUCAUAUCACAAUGAAAAUACAAGAGGUCGUGGUCGUGGUCGUGGCCGUGGCCGUGGCCAUGGACGAAACCGUGGUUAUAAUCCCGGUCGUGGACAAAAUUGUCAUGGUGGUUAUAAUUUCAAAAAUAAAGGUUACCACCGAAAAGGGGAAAAUAGUGGUGCAAAACAUGACAAGGAAAAACGUGAAAAUCAUCCCAAAAAUAUUGAAAGUAUAUGUUAUCGUUGUGGCAUGACUGGCCAUUGGGAACGCACUUGUCGUACUGCUAAGCACCUUGUGGAUCUCUAUCAAGCAUCCCUGAAAGAGAAAGGAAAGAAUAUAGAGUCCAACAAUGUUCUUAUGAAUGACGAUUUUGAUAUCACACAUCUGGAUGUGGAAGAUUACCUCGGGCCAAUAGAUAAGAAAGAUUGA